AUGGUUACAUAAUUAACUAAGAAUUAACGAAAAUAUUUAACAAUAUAUUAGAAAAAGGAGAUCUUUAGAAAUCAACCAUUGUUAUAAUUUGAAUCCUGGAGCACUUUGCUAAGCACAUAGCAGAUUGUUCCCAGGAGCAGACAAUCUUUUGUUUAAACGUUAUUUCAAAUUCUAAAGGUCUCCUUUUUCUAAUAUAUGCGUCAUCAAUAUUUCACGCACUACGUUUCAGCAUAUGUGCAAUUGAAAAGGCAUUCAAAUUUUAACAAUAUGCUUGAUUUCUAAAGGUCUCCUUUUUUUUAUACACCCUGUAGAGGAGAGUACACGUCUUCAAAAGUGACCGAAAUCGAGGACAUCGCAUAUUCGUCAAAUAUACAUGUAUCUGAAAACACGCAGGAGCCAUUUUUGCCAAAUGAGCCUGAAUGUCAUAAUUGUACAAAAUUAAAGGCGAAAGUUGGUAAGCUGCAGAAGAAAGUAAGCUAUCUGACGAAGAGACGACAAGAACUAAUCUCCAGAACUGAAAAGGUUAGAAACACUUUGUUUUGUUUUGUUUACAUUUAGAAACACCCCUUGCUUUGUUUACAUUUAAUUUGCUGCAUAUGUUUCUGGCAGGUAAAUUUUCGAUUUAUAUACAGUACAAUAAAAUAGAUUAUGUUCUGCAUUGUUUAAUCUACAGCGCAGAACAAUUAAUAACAAAACUCUAUUAAGAUAUUAUACCUAGGAGUUGUGGCAGGUUAUGAUUAUUAUAGAACAAUCAAAUUUAUCAACACAUGCAUGGCAAAUCCAUAAAGUGCUUAUUUUAUAGGUAUUAGUAGCCAAAUUGUUUGUAACAUUUUAAAUGUUUGUUAUUUUCAGAAUGUUGAAAAUGAUGAAGAUGAAACUGAUGUUUCAGACUCUGAAGUUUGUAGUGAUACAAGGACAACUGAUACUCUUGAUUCCUUGGAAGAAACCGAUGUUUCAGAUGAUGAUGAUGUUGACUGGGAGAUCAACUUGGAAGAUGAUGUUGAUUCUUCAGCAAGUGAUGAUGAGAACAACACUGUGCCUAAAAAUCUUGUGAGGUAAAUACCCAACUAUACCUUAUGGCUGGCUUGUCUAUAAUUAAAGAUAAGGUCAAGUCCGUUCUGCGCAUGUGCUAUUGUGUGGGUCGCCACAUGUAAACAUUGCCCAUAUUUUGCAAUAUUUUACAUAUUUUCAAUUUGAAUUGUCAUUCAUAUUGAUUUAAAAGCCCAACCAAUAAGAAUGAUGUCAGAUGUUAACUAAGAACAGUACAACCUGUUUUUAAGAAUAAAGUGUUCUCAAAGUGUAAACAAAUCAUGAAAUCACAUUUGUUUACAUACAAACUUGACAUUGCCUUUAAUUAAAACCAAAUAAAUUCCAGUUGUAUGCGAAUACACUUGUCACUCGUGAUUGGUAAUACAGAAUAUUCUUGCAUUAUUUAUCAAUAUUCAAUAGUGAUCAUUUCAAUGAGAAUUUAUUUAAAAAUAUUUUCUGUAGGGUUUCAGAAGGAACAAAACCUGGUGAUGAGCCCAAAUUUGUGAUCUUUUACAAUAUGUUGGUAGCCAUAUUCCAGCAUUUUUGUUUCCAUUGCAAAUGGGACAAACCUUCAGUGGAAGUACACAGAAUAGGGACAAUGGCAAGUGUAACCCAAAAAUGCAACCAUUGUGGGAAAGUUUACUGUUGGAAAAGCCAGCCAUCAAUGUUUACAAAGCAUCCUGCUGGAAAUAUUAUGUUGAGCUUUGGCAUAAUGGCGUCAGGAGCAAAGAUUAGCCAAACCUUACUUAUGUUCAAGCAUAUGGGUCUCUCUGCUAUUUCACCUCGAACCUACUAUUACCACCAGAAGAGGUUUCAUUUUCCUUCACUGUUGCGCCAUUGGAAAACUUACCAGGCCUCUCUUCUUGGCGAACUAAAAGAGAUUGAGAAACCAGCAUGGUCAGGCGAUGGUCGGUUUGACUCAAUGGGCCAUAGUGCAAAGUAUGGUGUUUAUACCAUGUACUCAAACUCCAUAUCUAAACUGGUUCAUUUUGAACUCUUUCAGGUACCGGUACAAAUCAUUACUAGUUUUUAAAAUUUUAAGAUAAUACCAUGAUCACCUUGGUUUCUUUUGUCCUCACCAGGUCAUUUACUGUUUCACCCUCAUUAACCCAUUGAGCCGCAAUGCCCCCCACUUAUUUUUGUUUACUUGUCUAACACCAGACGAUUUUACUCGUCAAUGGGGAAGCUCUGCAGCUUAAUGGGUUAACCAAAAAAUCUGACAAUGUCUCUAGUUAACCCUUUGAGCCGCAAUGCUCCCCAGUGCACCCUACCUAUAUUUUACUUGUCUAAUGCCAGACGAUUUUACUCGUCAAUGGGGAGGCUCUCCAGCUUAAUGGGAUAUUAAAAUGCACGAGUAAAGUUUUAUACAAUGGAAAUAUCCUCGGUAAUCAUGGUACUGUAUGUCAAGAAAUUAUUGAUUAAAUGUCCCUGCAUGCCUUUGGAGGUUUGUGAAAGUCUCUCGGGCCCUUGUGACAUUCACAAACUCUUGUGGCUUGGAAAUUUAAUUAAUCACUAAUUCCCAGACAUGUCGUGGUGUUAAUUAUAAAUAUGUCCCAUUUCCAAGAAAUGUGACGUUUAUAGAACUGAGCAGACCUUAUUUGUGUUAUCAAUGGUUUAUGCUUUUAAUAAUUAAUGUAUUAAUUAAUAAAAGCCUAAAAAUCACAUAACCCUCCAGACUGCAGAACAAAACUGUCCAACACUAGGCAUGAUGAAACGCAUGUCUACAUAGAACUGAUUAGUUUUGUUGCACUUCAGGCAAAUCAGUCAGGGUCAAGCAAUGCAAUGGAGUUGGAUGGAGCCAAGCAAUGCUUCAAAUUUAUCACUGAAAAAGGUUUGAAAGUGUCAUCCUUUAUCAGUGAUCGCCACUUAGGUGUUGCUAAAUGGAUUCGUGAAACCCAUCCCGAUGUACAGCAUUACAAUGACCUUUGGCAUGUAAAUAAGAGUUUGAAGAAGAAGUUGUUUGAUGCUAGCAAGGAAAAAGGAAACGAGGCGAUACAACUUUGGAUGAAAGCUAUCAGCCGUUCUACAAGACAGGGUUUUGGCGAAAUGAUUGUUGCCAAAUGGGUGUCAUUGAUUCGGCACAUUUCAAACAAACAUAAAGAUCACCCUGAUGAGCUUUAUACUGAAUGUGCACAUGGUGAGGUUGAGCCACGAGCAUGGAUCCCAGUGGGUAAGUUUACGAAAUAAAAAUCUAACUUGACUCACGAGGGUAAGUACUUAGUCUUGCAAGUGUUGCAUUGUCACAAAAUGUCCUUAUGACAGUAUGACUAGGCCUACAGUACCUCGCCUGUGUGUAUUAGUUCCAAAUGCCUAUCCUGGUGAUAACAAUAUGUACAGUAGAACAAUAUAUUAAUGUACAGUAACAACCCAAAUGGUCACAGAUGUACAUGCAUAUAUGAGUUUUACUACCGGUAUUUUACUCUCCCCAACAUUUGUAUUUAAUAAAGCUGUAAGGUGAAACUACUUGAGCAUUAUAGUUCAAUUUCUAUUAUUGUUGACAGGUACAUCAACUCAUGACAGAUUGUCCAUGAUUUUGUUGGACACAAAGAGAUUGGCUGAUAUCAAGAAACUUUCUUGUGAUGGUCAAACCAGUUGCCUUGAAGGAUUUCACUUAACCCUCAACCACUGGCACCCUAAGAUGCAACAUUUUUCUUGGCUAGGCACAUACUGCAGGUAUAGUUACACAAAUAGAAUAGAUAUUUAUGGCACUACAGGUAUAUCGUCCAUGGCUUUCAUGGUCAAUUGAAACAAACUUACAGUACAAACCUACAAUAUAAACUUACAGGAAGUGAGUAAGUUUGUUUCAGUUGAUGUAAGUUUAGAUCAAUUGAGGUAUACCACACUGCCUAUACAGUACAUCAUGUGCAAGGAGUUUCUUCACGUAACUGUGACUAUACUCACUACUGUACAUACUACAUAAGUUUCUGAUGAAGGACCUUUGCUUAAAAUGUUAAAGUUCUUCCUCAUCAUACAGGAAGUUCAUCCAAGAAUCUCAUCACAGUUAUCAUUUUUUAAACACUUUUUAGACAUAUUUUGGCAAUUCUUCAUUUUAAUGAGAACUUGAAUCGAGAAAAGAGAAAGACUGCUGGUGGUGCAUCAUAUUAUAAUGUUGUGUUCCCAAAGUUUAAGCUCGGUGAGGAGGUUGUCCGGGAAGUUGCCAUCCAUCCUACAUAUAGUAAGUAGUGAUAAUACAAUAUGUUAUUUAGAUACAAUUAUUCCAUAAAAUAACAGUUCAAUAUUAAAUUUAUGUGACUGCUUGUUACCCAUGAAUAUGCAAAAAUCUCUCCUAGAAACUACUUAACAGUACUUAGCACUUUCUCAUCAGACAGAAUAAACUAAAAAAUGUAGGUGCAUUUAAAUUAGAGCCGAUGGGCAAAUCUUAGCAAUGCUGAAUAGAAUUAUCUGUCCUUAUUGGGGUUUAUUUGAACUGUCAUUAUUCAGGUUAUGUUGAUGAAAUCAAAAACAUUUUGUUUACAAAAGAAAAGAAAGAACUUCAAAAAACCAUAGAUGUCUAUGUCAAGAAAGUGCCUGAGUCUUUAACUUCCCAAUUCACCAACAGACGGACAAGAAAAGAAGCUAUUGACAUGCAAAAGAAGCGAAGAAGCAUGAAGACACUAUUACACCCUCCAUGUAAGAAAAUUAUACAAAGUAAUUUAUAUAACUAUAGAAUAUUACCCGCCUGGUGUCUCACACUUUGAAUGUUUAAUACUUUAAUUCCAAUGUAAAUUUUAUUUGUAUUCUAUGUUUAAAGUGCCAGAGCAACAAGAACAACAGGAAAAGAUUAAACAAGCAGCAGCCGAAGCAGCAGCAGCAGAAGCUGCAGCCAAACAGAAAAAGAAAACUCCACACUGUAGAAAGUGCAAAAAACCAAUGAAGGGGCAUCCACGUGGUCACUGCAAUUAA